CUGACUUCUGACGGCUGGAGCUUUUGCAGAGCCCGCUUGAGACGCACGCGACCCGGGCCUUGCCCACUCAGGACUCGGAGCCGUCGGUGCCCCCCGCGAUUGCCCGUGGAAGGGGGGCGGAUCGCAGAGGUAGCCAUGAGGUGGCGCGCGUUGGCCCCGGGCCCGCCUGCGAGGUUGGCGCGGGAGACCGGGGCGCGUGGGCGUCCGCACCAGCCAGAAGAAUUUACUACAUGUCCUCACAGUUUUAAGAAAAAGGACUUUAAAAAGCCCAGAGUCUGUGGAGUGUGCAGACAGACCAUUGCUGGUCAAGGGAUCGCUUGCCGAGCCUGCAAGUAUUCCUGCCACAAGAAAUGUGAAGCCCAGGUGGCGGUUCCCUGCUCUGUGCAAGUCCACCCGGGCCAGGCUCCCGAGAGUUCCACCCCACCUGCUGCACUCCGCUGUGACAAGCCUUCAAGGCCCCUGGUCCUGAGUCCAGCCAUGGAGGACAGCCAUGAACUGGACCUUACCUAUGUCACAGAGCGCAUCAUCGCAGUGUCCUUCCCUGCCAGUUGCUCAGAGGAGUCUUACUUACACAGCCUGCAGGAAGUCACACGCAUGCUCAAGUCUAAGCAUGGAGACAACUACCUGGUAUUAAAUCUUUCAGAGAAGAGAUAUGACCUUACGAAGCUCAAUCCAAAGAUAAUGGAUGUGGGCUGGCCUGAACUGCAUGCACCACCUCUUGACAAGAUGUGCACCAUUUGUAAAGCUCAGGAGUCCUGGCUGAACAGCGACCCCCAGCAUGUGGUCGUCAUCCACUGCAGGGGCGGUAAAGGACGCAUCGGAGUGGUCAUAUCAUCCUACAUGCACUUCACCAAUGUCUCAGCCAGCGCUGACCAGGCCCUGGACAGGUUUGCCAUGAAGAAGUUUUACGAUGACAAAGUUUCGGCUUUAAUGGAGCCCUCCCAGAAGAGGUAUGUGCAGUUUCUCAGUGGGCUACUGUCCGGGGCGAUGAAGAUGAACGCCUCACCCUUGUUCCUGCACUUCGUCAUCCUACAUGGCGCUCCCAGCUUUGACACUGGAGGAGCCUGCCGGCCCUUUCUGAAACUUUACCAAGCCAUGCAGCCCGUGUACACGUCGGGGAUCUACAACGUUGGCCCUGAAAACCCCAGCAGGAUCCGCAUUGCUAUAGAGCCGGCCCAGCUGCUAAAGGGUGACAUCAUGGUGAAGUGCUAUCAUAAGAAGUUCCGCUCGGCCACCCGCGAUGUCAUUUUCCGCCUGCAGUUUCACACUGGAGCUGUGCAGGGCUAUGGACUGCUCUUUGGGAAGGAGGAGCUGGACAGUGCCUGUAAAGAUGACCGCUUUCCUGACUACGGCAAGAUUGAAUUGGUCUUUUCAGCCACACCUGAGAAGAUUCAAGGAUCCGAGCAUCUCUACAGUGACCAGGGGGUGAUUGUGGACUACAACACAGCAGACCCUCUGAUUCGGUGGGACUCCUAUGAGAACAUGAGUGCCGAUGGCGAAGUGCUGCACACACAGGGCCCAGUUGAUGGAAGCCUGUAUGCCAAGGUGAGGAAGAAGAGCGCCUCGGAUUCUGGCAUUCCUGGAAGCCCUCAGGGCAUGCCAGCAACCAGCAGUCCAGACCACGGUGAUCACACCCUGUCAGUCAGCAGUGACUCCGGCCACUCUACUGCCUCUGCCAGGACCGAUAAGACAGAAGAACGCCCAACCCCGGGUGCACAGAGGGGCCUGAGCCCUCAGGAGAAGGCUGAGUUGGACCAGCUACUCAGCGGGUUUGGCCUGGAAGAAUCUUCGAGCUCCCACAAAGACAUGACUGACGUGCACAGCAAGUAUAGCGGGACGCGCCACGUGGUGCCAGCCCAGGUCCACGUGAACGGAGGCACGGCCCUGAAGGACCGGGAGACGGACAUUCUGGAUGACGAGAUGCCCCACCAUGAUCUGCACAGCGUGGACAGCCUGGGCACUCUCUCCUCCUCCGAAGGGCCCCAGUCAGCCCACCUGGGCCCCUUCACCUGCCUCAAGAGCAGCCAGAACUCCCUCCUGUCUGACGGCUUUGGCAAUGGUGUUGGUGAGGAUCACCAUGGUGCCCUUUCUCCAGACCUAGGUCUUGGUGUGGACUCUCUCUAUGAGCGGGAGCGGAUGUGUGGGGGCCGAGAGUCAAAGCAGCUGCAGCCCCUGCUGAGAAAGCCUUCUGCACCCACUCCACCACAGGCCUAUGGGCAAAGCAACUAUUCCACCCAGACCUGGGUGCGCCAGCAGCAGAUGGUGGCUGCUCAUCAGUACAGCUUUGCCCCAGACGGGGAGGCCAGGCUGGGCAACCACAGUACAGUGGACGACAGUGCUAGCCUUGCCCAGCCCCAGCCCCACCUCCCGGUCACUCCAACUCGUGGAGCCAGCAGCAGAGUGGCCGUUCAGAGAGGCAUCAGCAACGGACCAAAUCCCCCCGACACACAGCCACUCUGUCCUGGUAAAGCGCUCCAGCCAAGAUUUCCAGAGGACAGAGGCAUGAACGGAGUCCAUCAGGAGCUGAACGCUAGUCAUUCCCCAGGCUCUCCGACUCUGGAUAUCGACCAGUCCAUUGAGCAACUUAACAGGCUGAUCUUGGAGCUGGAUCCCACCUUUGAGCCCAUCCCCACACACUUGAAUGCCCUCGGCAUCUCAGCCAAUGGCUCUGUCUGUGCUGAUGGUGUGGCAAGUGGGCUCCGGUGUGGUGGCAGGCUGAACCCGGUGGAAGGCCCUGGCCGGAGUCCUGGCCAGCAAGGUGAUGAGUCCACCGGGGGACGGCUCCGGAAGCUGAGUCUCGGGCAGUAUGACAAUGAUGCUGUGACCCAGGUGUCCUUCUCUAAGUGUGGAUGGGGAAAGGCUGGUGUGGACCCAGCCCCAAGUCUGGGACCAUUUUCCUCUCCUGCAGACAUCAAAGAGACGAUGAUCACUGCCUAUCCCCCUGGCCUCGAUAUGAUCGACGGCAGGAUUUCCAACAGCAAGGAUUCUGUGUGUCUGACCCCAGCAUUCCCUGUGUCUCCAGAAACACCGUAUGUGAAAACAUCCACACGCUAUCCUCCCUUUAGCCCGCCUGAGCCCCAGCUGAGCAGCCCAGCCAGUUUGCGCAAAGGAGGACGUGAACCACGAGGCUGCCCAGAGAUUAUCAGCCACACCGUGGGGAUGUCAGAGAGCCCCAUCGGACCCAAACCCACCAUGCUCCGGGCGGAUAUGCCCGCCACACCCAACUUCCAGCAAAUGUUCGCGUCCUCCUGUACAGUGUCCAGUAAUGGACCUGGCCAGAGGAGAGAGAGCCCGUCUUCUGCAGAACGCCAGUGGGUAGAGAGCAGCCCCAAGUCCACCCUAACCCUAUUGGGGAACAGCCACCCUUCUGAAAGUUCUCUCAGCACCCAUGAAUUCUGCAGCGCUGGCAAGGACUCGCCAGGGCUGCCCUGCUUCCAGUCCUCAGAGCUCCAGGCCUCUUUCCACAGCCAUGAGCUGUCCAUGGCAGAGCCUCAGGAUGCUCUGCCCCCUGCAGGCAGCCAGGCCUUCUUAGGCUUCAGCACUGCCCAGGUAGCAAGUGGCCUUCCACCCAGCGAGGACCCUGGUGCCCUGCUGGUCAAUUCCCACGGCACAUCUCCAGUUCCUGGAACCUCUCUGCCAACGGCAGGCACUCCUGACAACGGCUUCCUGUCCCACAACUUUCUCACGGUGUCACCUGGACUCAGCAGCCAUCAUAGUCCAGGCCUGCAGAACCAGGGGGUAAGCCUGCCUGGGCAGCCACCCCUUCCCGAGAAGAAGAGAGCCUCAGAGGGUGACCGUUCCUUGGGCUCAGUCUCCCCUUCCUCCAGUGGCUUCUCCAGCCCCCACAGUGGGAGCACGAUGAGCAUCCCCUUCCCGAAUGUCCUUCCAGACUUCUGCAAGCCUUCAGAAGUGGCCUCACCUUUGCCAGAUAGCCCAAAUGAUAAACUCGUGAUUGUGAAGUUUGUCCAGGACACUUCCAAGUUCUGGUACAAGGCAGAUAUCUCCAGAGAACAAGCCAUCGCCAUGUUGAAGGACAAAGCUCCUGGGUCAUUCAUCGUGAGGGACAGUCACUCCUUCCGAGGGGCCUACGGCCUGGCCAUGAAGGUGGCCACACCCCCUCCUUCUGUCUUGCACCUGAACAAGAAAGCCGGAGAUUUGUCCAAUGAACUUGUCCGGCAUUUCUUGAUUGAGUGUACUCCAAAGGGCGUGCGGUUGAAAGGGUGCUCCAACGAACCUUAUUUUGGGAGCCUGACAGCUUUGGUGUGCCAGCAUUCCAUUACGCCCUUGGCUUUGCCCUGCAAGCUGCUCAUUCCAGAGAGAGAUCCCAUGGAGGAAAUAGCAGAAAACUCUCCCCAGACAGCGGCCAACUCAGCAGCUGAAUUGCUGAAGCAGGGGGCAGCCUGCAAUGUUUGGUACUUGAACUCCGUGGAAAUGGAGUCCCUCACUGGUCACCAGGCGGUCCAGAAAGCCCUGAGUAUGACCCUGGUUCAAGAGCCUCCGCCAGUGUCCACAGUGGUACACUUCAAGGUGUCAGCCCAGGGCAUCACCCUGACUGACAACCAGAGAAAGCUCUUCUUCAGGAGGCAUUACCCCGUGAGCAGUGUCAUUUUCUGUGCCUUGGACCCACAGGACAGAAAGUGGAUCAAAGAUGGCCCGUCCUCUAAAGUCUUUGGAUUUGUGGCCAGGAAGCAGGGCAGUGCUACAGACAACGUAUGCCACCUGUUCGCAGAGCAUGACCCCGAGCAGCCUGCCAGUGCCAUUGUCAACUUUGUGUCAAAGGUCAUGAUUGGCUCCCCUAAGAAGAUCUAAGUCCCUCAUAGCCAAGCCCGCCAGAUGCCUCAUGAGGCCCUCGAAAUGGCAGUGGGGUUAGGCGGGGCCCCCAAUUGUACCAGACUGAAAAUUCUCACAUUCCAGACCCAAGAGGGGAGAAUAUGGCAGCUCUUCAAACCAGGAACAAACAACAUCACUACAGAUUGGCCUUUCCUGAGAGUAACUUCUCAUCUGACACACCCAUAUAGUCGGGCGCAUUUUGAAUGGAAGGAUCUUGGGCCAGGAAAUGGUUCCCCAGUGUCCCACGGGCAAGGGCUAUACAAGGAGAGAAUACAGAAGACAAGGUGGCCUCGAGUCCCUGGCUCACUGGCAUCUGUGUGGAUGAGGAGCACCCAGCCUGCGUGGCAGGGGCUGAGUAACCAUGCUGCCCACUUCUCGGCAGAUGUGCUCUGUCCAGCGACUCCCUCAUCUUGUCUUUCUGCAGCAGACGAUGAUGAAGCUGAGGAGGGCAUGCAUGGUUGGGGAAGGUGCGUGCAGGUUGGACCGUGGUGGGAAUCUAAGUUAGGAACAGUGGAAAGGCUGUGAAUUGAGAGCAGCGGCAGCCUCUGGUGUCGGGGAGGAGCAUGCAAUGCCAGAGACACUCCGUGAUCCUGCUCGCAGGUGGCCAGCCGGGCUGUGGAGAGCCUAGAGGACCUUGAGAGGAAAGCGAGAAGCCGGAAUCAAAACCGCCAUUGUGUGUAAUUUAUAUUUUACUCAUGCCAAAUUAUUUAUAACCACUUGCCAUUGCCGUACGGUACCCAUGUCAAAUGCUGCAGCCGACUAAGCUGUGAUUGCUAGAAGGCUUGUCCCCUUGUAGACACACCAGAGACGACUGUCUCUUCCCCAAGGAGCGGCUGAGUAGUGGUCCCAGGGCGACACCGCCCGGUUCUUCUUCCGCAGAACUGCCCAACAGUUUUGCCUCAAGCAGCCCACCCUCUGUUUGCACAGCGCUAUGUCUUGCCCAGAUGUGGAUGAUUUCUUUCCUGAAGGGAAUGUCGAGGAGGAAUGGGACACGAAGACACCAGGGUCAUUCUCCGUCUCCUCCGCAAGACUGGCCGGGCCGUCUCCAGGCCUGCGUGAUCUAAAGCGCGUAUGUGGCAUUUCUAAGCUGUUACCGUGAUUCUCCUCGUGGCUCCUGCAGCUUCUGUGGGGACCUUUGUGGAUGUCAGGAGGGAGAGAAGGGGGAUGAAGAGAAAUUCUAACUCUCCCAGGCUAGCUUUGAUUCGCUGGGUCAUCUUAGCCACUGAGUCAUCAGCUCGUGCUAAGAUUGGCGGCCUAGGGUUGCAGGCUUCCUGACUGCUCCUCCCAGUGGUCAGAGAUUUUUGAAGAAGCCCGUGAGCUUGACACUUCCCAGAGUGGAGGGCAGCAGAGCUACGUGGAGGCAAAGCCAGGAUCUCCUUCUUGCUGAACUCUACACCCCAGGAAGGCUCUGAUCGUCCCCAUUCCAGCCUGAAAGUCUCACUCCGUGAUUUCUAAAAUCCACUGCCUGAUGGCGCAUCUGGUGGCUGGCAUGGGCCACUGCUGUCAGGCUUGGGUUUGGAAAUCUACGUAGUGGAUUCUCUGUUUUAAAAGGAGCAGAGAUGUAGCUACAUGUAGAAUUGAAAUCAACUCUAUCAGUAUGGUGUGUGUGUGUGUGUGUGUAUGGUGUGUGUGUAUGUGUGUGCACAGAUGGACCAUUCCACUUUUAACUCCUAUGUGUGUCUGUGCGUGUAUACAGGUGGACUGUUCCACUUUUAGCUCCUGUGUGUGUCUGUGCGUGUAUACAGGUGGACCGUUCCACUUUUUAGCUCCUAUUGAUGGGCCAAAAGCAAGUGCCUCGUUUCUGUGCCAAAUAUUUGCCUUGGUCUUUGCGGACCUCCUUCGUGGACACACUUGGAUUCAGUGCCUGAUUGGGGGAAUGCGCCUUCAUUCCCUAGAGGCCCUUUGUCUUCCACAGAGGCUUCUAGUGUUUCAGUUACUCAUAUGCAGCUAAAAAUCCAGAUUGGGGUAGCGGUGGGGGUGGGGGGCUGAAGUUUGUGCUUUGGCCAAGAAGUGCCAUGCCCUGUGGUGGUUUAUAUGCAAAUGUGACCCAAAGACCAUAGGCCAGGUUCCUUCUGAUGGAGGGGGGAGAGGGCUUAGUUAGAAAUCAGCAGGCCAGAGCUGAAGCAAGCCUAAUUAAUGGGAGGUGUUAGGGCUUCCCACAGUGGUCAGCAUGGAAAGCAUCCAAGAAGCCUUAUAAAUGUGCUUUGGAAACUGACUGGCCAGGUGUGACCUUUACUCACGUUAAAAGUGGUCAGGGGUAUCAUGGAAUUUGCUCUGAGGAACCGCAGGAAGACAGCUUCACAAGCUGGUAGGCCUUGGUUCUGUCUUCUGCGUGUAGCGUGUAUUGAAUGGAAUAAGAUGAGACGCAACACCAUAGACUAUACUGUGUGCUCAGAAACACUGGGAAAGGGUAUUGUUCAGGCGUCAGUUGGGCACGAAUUAGUACACUAUUCUGGGAGUAAAUUCAGUGAUGCCCCACCACUUUUAAUAGAUAGCCAGGGUCCCGUUAACCUUCUCAUUAAUGGUCUUAUAGUCUCCAGUGUUGGGCUGUACUCAUGUUAGAAGCCACACUGCAUUUAUCCUCAGUGUCAAAGACAUUGUAAUGUUGCCUUAUCUGUUAGCGCAGUCUUCACCAUUCUAUAUUGUAAAGAAUAUAUAUCCAGUAUGUAAAUGAGUGUUCUAUAAACCUUUUGUAUAGGCGUUUUCUCUGCUCUUUAAAUAUCAGCCUUAUUCAGAGUAUAAUAAAAAUUAUGACCUUGGUAA